CUCUGCUGCCUGGCGGCCUUGCAGCACAAGUGUGUCACUGGGGACAUUCAGGACCUGUUCAAGGAAACCAGCAUGUUCUGUGUCAUUUGACAGCGGAUGCAGAAGCAGUGCUAAACCUAUCACCUUGUCUCUGCUAUUUUGUUUUCAUAGUCAAGAGCCAGCAGGAGUCUUAGGGAGGACACCCAGUCAGCCGCCAUGUCGACCCUUCUGCGCUCCAUUGCCAGCCACUGUCUCGUUUUGUCACAUAGACGUGUCCAACAGAAAGGACUUGGAAGGAGGCAUUUCAGGACUUUCCCUGUGUUAGGGGACCAAGCAUCUGCCAAAGGCAUCCCAUACAAGAACCUGGUGGUUGGAGUUCCUAAGGAGACUGUGCAGAAUGAGCGCCGUGUGGCGCUGUCACCUGUGGGGGUCCAGGCGCUGGUCAAACUGGGCUUCCAGGUGCACGUUGAGAGUGGAGCUGGUGACGAAUCCAAAUUCUCUGACCAGCAGUACAGAGACGCAGGAGCCACCAUCACUGACAUCAAGGGAGCGUUUGAGUCAGAUUUGGUCCUAAAGGUCCGAGCCCCGAGUCUGACUGAGGCAGAUCUCCUGAAGCCCAAAUCCACGUUGGUGAGCUUCAUCUAUCCAGCACAGAACCCAGAGCUUAUGUCAAAGCUGUCACAGAGGCAGAGCACCGUGCUGGCCAUGGACCAGGUGCCCAGAGUCACCAUUGCACAGGGCUACGAUGCGCUCAGCUCCAUGGCUAACAUCGCUGGAUACAAGGCUGUGGUUCUGGCUGCCAACCACUUUGGCAGAUUCUUUACUGGACAGAUUACAGCUGCAGGAAAAGUACCUCCAGCUAAGGUUCUGGUUAUUGGUGGUGGAGUGGCAGGUUUAGCAGCAGCAGGGGCUGCCAAGUCCAUGGGAGCCAUAGUCAGAGGAUUUGACACCAGGCCAGCAGCUCUGGAGCAGUUCAAGUCAUUUGGAGCGGAGCCUUUGGAAGUAGAUAUCAAAGAGUCUGGCGAUGGGGUAGGAGGUUAUGCCAAGGAGAUGUCAAAAGAGUUCAUCGAGGCCGAGAUGGCUCUUUUUGCCAAGCAGUGUAAAGAAGUCGACAUUAUUAUUACCACUGCCCUGAUUCCAGGGAAGAGGGCUCCCAUUUUGAUUAAGAAGGAGUUUGUGGAGUCCAUGAAGGACGGCUCUGUGGUGGUGGAUCUAGCCGCGGAGGCCGGGGGCAACAUCGAGACCAUCAGGCCUGGAGACCUGUAUGUUCACAAGGGAGUAACAAAUAUCGGCUUCACAGACCUUCCCAGCCGCAUGGCCUCCCAGGCUAGCACCCUGUACUCAAACAACAUCCUGAAGCUGCUCAAGGGCAUCAGCCCAGACAAGGAAUACUUCCACUACGAGCCCAAAGAAGAAUUUGACUACGGAACAAUUGACCAUGUCAUCCGUGGGACCGUUGUCAUGAAGGAAGGCAAGAACAUGUUCCCGUCCCCCCUCCCUAAAACGCUGCCACCAGCCCCGGUCAAACAGAAAACAGUCGCGGAGUUGGCGGCUGAAAAAACUGCGACCGUUUCCCCCUUCAACCGCACCAUGACCUCUGCCGGCGUAUACACUGCAGGUGCGUCCACCUGUCUGGCUCUGGGCAUCAUCUCCCCCAACGCAGCUUUCACGCAGAUGGUCACAACCUUCGGUUUGGCCGGGAUUGUGGGAUACCACACUGUUUGGGGUGUGACGCCUGCUCUGCACUCGCCUCUUAUGUCCGUCACCAACGCUAUCUCAGGUCUCACGGCAGUAGGAGGGUUGGUGCUGAUGGGCGGAGGUCUAACACCUUCCAGUCUGCCUGAGGGUCUCGCUCUGGCUGCGGCUUUUGUUUCCUCCAUCAACAUUGCAGGUGGUUUUCUGAUUACCCAGAGGAUGCUGGACAUGUUCAAACGUCCCACUGACCCCCCUGAGUACAACUACCUCUAUGCGCUGCCAGGGGCUGCGUUUGUUGGGGGAUACGGAGCCUCCGUGGCUGCUGGAUACAACGUUGAGCAGAUGAUGUAUUUGGGCUCAGGACUGUGUUGUGUCGGGGCCUUGGCCGGCCUCUCCGCCCAGGGCACCUCUCGUUUGGGGAAUACUCUGGGUAUGAUGGGAGUCGCGGGGGGCAUCGCCGCCACCCUCGGGUCCCUCAAACCCUCGCCAGAGCUGCUGGCUCAGAUGUCUAUGGCCAUGGCCACCGGAGGGACCCUUGGGCUCACCAUUGCCAAGCGUAUUGAGAUCACGGACUUGCCGCAGCUGGUGGCGGCCUUCCACAGCCUCGUAGGGCUGGCGGCUGUUCUCACCUGCGUUGCCGAGUUCAUGAUUGAGUUCCCUCAUCUGGACACCCACCCAGCAGCAGGCGUGGUCAAGACCGUGGCUUAUCUGGGCACAUAUAUCGGCGGCGUCACCUUUAGCGGAUCGCUGGUGGCGUAUGGAAAGCUUCAAGGUGUCCUUGACUCUGCCCCCUUGCACCUGCCUGGACGACACAUGUUAAAUGCUGGUCUGAUGGCGGCAUCCAUGGGCGGCAUUGUGCCAUUUAUGCUGAGUUCCACCUACGGUACCGGCAUGGGAUGUCUAGUGGGAGUAUCUGGGCUUUCUACUAUUAUGGGCGUGACGCUGACGGCAGCCAUCGGGGGCGCGGACAUGCCCGUGGUCAUCACCGUUCUAAACAGCUACUCGGGAUGGGCUCUCUGCGCUGAGGGUUUCUUGCUGGACAACAAUCUCAUGACGAUUGUUGGAGCCCUGAUCGGCUCCUCUGGAGCCAUCCUCUCGUAUAUCAUGUGUGUUGCUAUGAACCGCUCGCUGCCCAACGUGAUCCUGGGCGGGUACGGCACCACCUCCACCGCUGGCGGCAAGCCCAUGGAGAUAGUUGGCACUCACACCGAGGUCAACGUGGACCAGACCAUUGACGUCAUCAAAGAAGCCAACAGCAUCAUCAUCACACCAGGCUGGGGUCUGUGUGCAGCCAAAGCUCAGUAUCCAAUUGCAGACAUGGUGAAGAUGCUAAAGGAGCAGGGCAAGCAAGUCAGGUUUGGUAUCCACCCAGUGGCCGGUCGUAUGCCUGGACAAUUGAACGUCCUCUUGGCUGAAGCUGGUGUUCCCUAUGAUGUGGUCCUGGAGAUGGAUGAGAUCAAUGACGACUUCCCAGAGACGGACUUGACAUUGGUCAUCGGCGCCAAUGACACAGUGAAUUCUGCUGCACAAGAAGAUCCCAACUCUAUUAUUGCUGGCAUGCCGGUGCUGGAAGUCUGGAAGUCAAAACAGGUGAUAGUGAUGAAGCGUACGUUGGGCGUAGGCUAUGCAGCAGUAGAUAACCCCAUUUUCUACAAACCCAACACAUCGAUGUUGCUGGGAGACGCCAAGAAGACAUGUGACAACCUGCAGGCCAAGAUCAGAGAGACCUUCUACUAGUUAUCUAGUCAUUAUCUUGUUUAAAGAAAUAAACAGGUUCAUAAGCCUUAUAUCUCCAGCCUUGGCUUUUGGGAUCUAUAUUUUUGGAGAAGAGAUUCAUUGGGUCGGGUCAAAAUAACAUGUUUCCAAGUCUGCGGUGCCCAAAAUUCUUGUAACUGUUUUGAAAAUUAAGGAAAUGCAUAUCACAGUGGCAAACAUGUAUUGAUUUGUAAAUAAAAUAUUUCAAUGUA